AUUAAUUUAGGCUACUGCCAACACUGCAAAACUAGCAGCUGCCGAAGCACAGUUGUCCAAAAUGCCCAUUUCUGGCAUUGGUAAAGGAAGAAGUUCUCUGUUGGAAGUGAAAAAUUUAAAAGAUCAAUUGGCAGAAUCACAGAAUGAAAUUAAAAAACUGCAAGAGAAGAUUAAUUUGGCUGAGAAAAGCAUAAAUCAGUAUCGCACUUUGGCCUCUGAUUUGGAGUUACAGUUAAAAGAACAGACUCGGCUGAAUGACAGUUUAAAAGAAGGAAUAGAGAAAUCUAUAAAAGAGAAAGAAGAAGUUCAAGAAAAACUGGAGCAGAAAUUAGAGGAAUGUGAAAAGCAGUGUAGACAGUUAAUUCAUGAAAAUGUAACCAUAACAGAAGAAUCUGCAAACAAAGUGAAUAAUCUAAAUAAAGAAAUAGCAAUACUUCAAAGAGAUUUACAAAUAAGUAAACAACAAGCAAAUGAGGCAAUUAAAAAUGAAAAACAAACCAGAGAGGAUUGCCAAAAGCAAACAAAAUUAAUGCAAGAGGCACAAGAAAAAUAUGAAAGAGAACUAUUCUUACAUUCUCAAGAUAUUACUUUACUCAGAAGUGAGAAAGAGGAGCUUGUUUUAUUUAAAUCUCAAGUCGAAAAUGCCGAAGCAAAAUCACAGCAAUUAGAACAGACCUUCACCGAAAAUAAAGUAGCAUGGGAAAAGAGAGAAAAGAUGUUUCAAAAUGAAAUAGAAGCAAUUAAAAAGAAAUGUGAAGAUCUUAACAACAAUAAUACUACAUUAUUAAAUCAGCUAGAGCUGUUGGGUCGUCAGAUGUCGGUAAUGCAAUCUAAAGAUUGGAAUAUUUCAUCAUCAUUAGAAGAAGAAAAUAAAAGUACUCAGCAGUUGCUAGAAGUUAUCAG